AUGUCAUCAAGAACAGAGAGAGAGGGAGGGGGAGAGAGAGAGAGCUUUCAGAAUGGUCAACUCUUUCCUCUCUCCUAGUUUUCCUCUCAUUUCUCCGAGGAUCAGAAGCAUGAUGGAGCCUCCGCGGAGCCUGAACAGUCCAGAUUUGGAGAUUAAUAGUCUGCAAUUGGACAACCACCGAGAGUCAGAGUCUGCAGACAGCGACAUCGGAGAUGUGGACAAGCUUCCAGUUCCUCAGCAAAUACACAUCAGUAACAUCACAUGCGAUUCCUUCAAGAUCAGCUGGAACAUGGACAGCAGAGGCCAAGAUCGGAUCACACAUUACUUCAUUGACUUGAACAAGAAGGAAGACAAGAGCUCCAACAAGUUCAAACACAUGGAUGUACCAACCAAGCUGGUUGCCAAGGUGGUUCCUCUGCCGAUGACAGUGAGAGGUCAUUGGUUCCUCAGUCCCCGAACAGAAUACACUGUGGCCGUUCAGACAGCUACCAAACAGCAAGAUGGGGAAUACGCUGUUUCUGCAUGGAGUGAGAUCAUUGAGUUCUGCACAGCAGAUUACUCCACCAUCCAGCUUAGGCAGCUUCUGCAGAAAGCUGAAGCUAUUGCUGGCAGGAUGUUACCUUUCACAGUUUUCUACAGAAACCAGCAGAGAGAAUACUUUCAGCCAAACAGCCAAUAUUACAGUUCCAGAGAUGUUCAGUGCUGCCGCAUGCUCCCAUCAGUGAAAGACAACAGCGGCAGCCAUGGGUCACCCAUAAGUGGUAAACUGGAGGGCAUCUUCUUUAGCUGCAACACCGAGUUUAACACCGGACGACCUCCACAAGAUUCUCCCUACGGGCCAUACCGCUUCCAGAUCCAAGCAGAACUUCUUUUCAACCAAAGCACCAACAUCUACUUUGGAGAUUUUUACUGCAUGUACACCUCUUACCACUAUGUCAUUGUGGUCCUAGCCCCAAGGGACUCUAAAGGAGACAUGUUUUGUAGAGGUAAGCUGCCAGCUCUAGACCGCACCAACAACUGCUUACUGAGCUGUACUGAGGAGGAGGACGGCUCGCUCUCCUUCCGUCAUGCUCAGGAUGUCAUCCUAGAGGUGAUCUACACAGAGCCGGUGGACCUAUCUAUGGGAACAGUGUCACUGAUCAGUGGGCAUCAGUUGAUGAGCUUGUCUACCCUUAAUGCCAAGAAAGACCCCAGCUGCAAGAUCUGCAACAUCAGUGUGGGACGUUAACAGAUCUUUAAUAUAGCUUGACUAAGCUGAUCUGCAUGUUAGCAAACAAAAGGAGCUCUAACUUUAACACCACUAGUGCAAACAAAUACCAAGCUGAAGGACAGUUUAUGCAUCGGCUUAACAUGUUCUACUGUAGGCCAGAGGCUUGAUAUGGUGAAAUAAAUGAAGAUGGAUCUAGAUGAAUAAAGAUACCAUGAAAACUGCUGUUUGUUUGUUCUGUUGUUUAAGGAUGUUGUUUUCAUAACCCUAUGUCUGGGGGGUUUUUUCAAUCAUUGGCAACAUAUGUCCUCAGAAUUUAACAAAAUAUGCAUCUACAUUCUAAAUCUAAUGUUUCUCUCCCUCAGAAAAGGGUCAGGUGGUGCUUUAAUCAAGCAGACAUCACAUUGCUGCUCUUUCCCUGAAGAAAUUACAAUCGCCUUAUCUUUUGUUCCAGAUUAGCUGUUUUACCAUAAACCUUGUGAGGUUCUCAGAGAGGGUGGGGUAUCUAAUAAAAAUUAUUUUUAGAAAAAACCUAUCAAGAUAACGCCUGAAGACUAUUUUUGUGUGGACAAUCUCAGAUUAAGUCCAAGGAGAAUGUUGAGGUGUCAUUUAUGUCAAUCCAUUGUGAAUCCGUAAAAAGAAAUGUUAUCUGCAAAUACGUUUUUACCUAUGGUU